AUGUCCUAUACCCCACAGACAGAUCUGCCGCUUGAACGGUCUCGUCUUAUUGGAGUGAUUUUGGGGGGUGUAUCAUAUGGCGUAUACCUUCUCCUUACUGUACAAGCGGUGAUUGCUCUCAUGCAACGUCCCCGAAAUGGGCAGAAAAUUGCAAAUAAUCGCCGCACGCUUCUUUGUUACACCCUCAUCACGUUCGCGCUUGGGACGAUAAGCCUUGCUGGCAAUACAAAAUAUACGGAGAUGAUUUGGAUAGACCUUCGUGAUGCACCUGGUGGCCCCGUUGCGUUGAUUAAGAACGUAAUGAAUUACCGUAUCAACUUCAUGGCGAUAUGCUGUGGUUACGUCACGGAGUGGUUGAUGCAAGCACUGCUUGCGGGUACCGGGACUCCAUUUUACAGUAUCAACGCCACACUUGCAUACCUCGCCUUCCAAAUGGUGCACACCACGCUUUAUACCAUUCUCGUGGCAAAACGUUUGCUCUCCAUACGAGGCCAGAUGAAGAUGGCGUUGGCUGAAUAUGAUUCUAGCACGUAUGACACCAUUAUCCUCAUGGUCGUCGAAUCUGCCAUGGCAUACAGUGUUUUCAUCAUCAUCUAUAUAGUUGGAUUUUCUGUGCAUUCAGACUCUGUCUCCACGCUAUGUUUCUUGUCUAUUAACCAAGUUCAGGGCAUUACGCAAUUGUUCAUCAUCAUACGUGUGGCACGAGGGAGGGCAGUUACACGUGAUUGGUCGACCCGAAAUACUCCAGCAGCACCUACGACUUUAGCAUUCGCAGUGACUACAUCGAUUCCAGCAGAAGGGACCAACGUGGCACAGGCGGCUGGGUCAGGGCAGGACAGUGUCAGUGAGUCGCAUUCCGUUUCGGCGAAGUUGGCGGAAGCAAAUGCGUAG